UGGCAUCAUUUUGUUACAGGUCUCUCUGUAGAAGGGGAUUUACAGGGUAUCGAGAAACUCUAUAGGGUGCUCUCUGCCCAUAUAUGGCCUGGAAUGUUGUUGAAAUCUGGUGAUAGAAUAAAUGAACCUUCACUACCCGAUCAAGAAGAGUUGUCCGACGAAGAAUCUGAUGAUUAUCAACCUGAGUACGAGAAAUUAUCCUCUGGUUCAGCAGAACCCUGGGACAGCGUGGGAUGGAUUUCUGCUGAUGGUCCUGCUUCGACCUCAGGAAACUUAGAUAGAGAGAGUGAAGUUAAAUUGAUAGGAAAAGAAAACAAGCUGUCAACAUCCGUUUCAAAAUUUCCAGAAGAGAUUGACUGUGACCUGGUCCACGAAGCUGAAAUAAGGUCAGAGGUGGAUGAGGAAGAUAAAACUUAUGAUUUUGAGAAUUUGGAGAAGCUGAUGGCGGAGAUUGGUAACAUGCGCAAUGGCCUGAAAUUGAUGCCCGAUUUCCAGAGGAGGGAAAUGGCUGCAAAGCUGGCAAUGAAGAUGGCUGCAAUGUUUGGGGACAGCAGUGAAGAGGAUUUUGUGAGAUUGAGAAAACAUAACACCAAAUGUGCAAUUAAUUGA